AUGGGUUUGUUUGGUGCCGUGUUUCUUUCCGUGGGCUGGCUGCUGGUGCAGUUCACUGAGGGGGAACUAGAUUUCAUCUCUCAGGGACAGGGGUUGCAACUGCAGGGCGACUUCUCCAUCGCUGGACUGUUUCCUCUCCACUACACAGACAGACCAGCUGCUGGUUUGCCUGCUCUGGCUCCAUGUAACGAAGGUCGACCCAACAAACAUGGCUUUCACCUGAUGCAAGCCAUGAGAUUUGCAGUGGAGGAAAUCAACAACAGCAGCAGCCCACAGCCUCUUCUACCAGGAGUGAAGUUGGGCUACCAGAUGUACGACAUCUGCUCUGUGCCGGCCAGUGUCCUGGCCACACUGGACCUGCUGGAGCAGCAGAAUCAGAGCCCCUCUGGACCUGAGACAGAGGGAGACACAGACCCACACGCUGACUACAGUAAAAGGGCGGUGGCAGUGAUUGGGCCAGACAGCAGCAGCAAGACAUUCACCCCUGCUGCUUUACUGGGGUCCUAUCUCAUACCACAAAUCUCUUACGAAGCGUCAAAUGAGAUGCUCAGCAACAAGUUCCUCUAUCCAUCCUUUUUACGCACAAUCCCCAGCGACAAGAACCAGGUGGAAGCUAUGAUCCAGCUUUUAAUUCGUUUCAACUGGAAAUGGAUUGCUCUCUUAGGUAGCGACAACGCCUACGGCCUGCAAGGCAUGCAGAGUCUCUCGAAGGAAGCACCAAACCACGGUAUCUGCAUCGCCUACCAAGGAGUCAUCCCUUCAUUCAGAGAUAACACCGUCCAGACCAUGAGGAACAUGGUGGAUAGCAUAUUGAAGACCAAAGUCAACACCAUCGUAGUCUUCUCUAGCAAGUCAAAGCUCAGUGGCUUUAUGCCAUUUGUCAUUGAGCGCAACGUGACAGGUAAAGUGUGGAUCGGGACAGAGGACUGGUCUGCAGCUACUCUUAUAUCAGGGAUAUCUGGGAUCAACACCAUAGGCACUGUGAUCGGUGUCUCCAUCAAAUAUGCAGCUAUUAAAGGUUUUGAGGACUUUGAGAGAAAGGUUUUUGAAGCUGCGAUGCAACAGAGUGACACCCAGGAAAUCUCCAAUGACACCACAAGCCAAGGAAAUGACUGUCUGCAGAGCACAGACCUGAACAGCCUGGCCAGGAAGAAAUUCUCCCUGGACGAAUAUGACAUCACCUCCUCCUUCAAUGUGUAUACGGCCGUGCACGCUGUGGCUCAUGCUCUGCACCAAACUCUCGGUUGUGACAUUGGGGAGUGCCAAAGGAGGAGGGUGCAUCCAUGGGAGCUUCUCCACUGGCUCAAGCAGGUGCAAUUCUCUCUGGACAACACCUCAGUGCACUUCGACAUGAACGGGGACCCGAACACAGAAUAUGACAUUGUCUCCUGGGUUUGGAGGGGGACUGAGUGGUCUCUCAGAGUGGUGGGCUCCUACAGCCAUGAUCCUAUCAUGCUCACUGUUGAUGAGGACCAAAUUGAGUGGCAUGACACGGAACAUGCAGGACCAGUGCCGCUGUCUAUCUGCUCUCCACCCUGCCCAACGGGUCACAAGAAGCUGCUGACAGGGCAACACACCUGCUGCUUCGACUGCCAGGCUUGUCCUGCCGCCACAUUCCUCAAUAUAAGUGAACCCACUAUGUGCCAGCCAUGUCUGCCGGAGCAGUGGGCCCCCCCGCGCAGCGAUCAGUGUCUGAAUAGGACCGUCCUGCUGCUUGCCUGGGACGCCCCCCUCUCCAUUGCCCUGCUCUUCUUUCUGGCCACCUGUCUUCUCAUGACCUUGGGCUCUGCUGUAAUCCUCCUGCUUAACCUGAACACUCCAGUGGCCAAGUCUGCUGGAGGCCGCACCUGCCUCCUGAUGCUGGCAGGCCUGACUGCCGCUGCCUUGAGCACUUUGUGCCAUUUUGGCCCGCCGUCUCCACUUGCCUGUAUCCUCAAGCAGCCUCUAUUCAUCGUCAGCUUCACUGUGUGCCUGGCCUGCAUCACUGUGCGCUCCCUCCAGGUUGUCUGCAUUUUUAAAUUUGCAUCCAAGCUGCCGCUGGCCUACGACAAAUGGGCCAAAAAAAACGGGCCAGAAUUUACCAUUUUCCUGUUGUCUGUCACCCUCUUGUUCAUCUCUGUGCUCCGUGAGGCCCUCAACCCGCCACAGCCGUCCCAGGAUCUUGACUUCUACGAGGACAGCAUUGUCCUGGAGUGCAGUAACACCCUUUCAGUAGGCGCGGGCGUGGAGCUAGCUUAUGUCUUCCUGCUCAGCAUGCUCUGCUUCUGUUUUAGCUACAUGGGGAAAGACCUGCCGGCGAACUACAAUGAGGCCAAGUGUGUCACCUUCAGCCUCAUGGUGUACAUGAUCUCCUGGCAGUGCUUCUUCACCUUAUACCUGAUCAGCAGAGACCCGUUCACCAUGGCCGCACACGUGUUCGCCAUACUCUUCAGUGUCUUCUCCUUCCUGUGCGGCUACUUCCUGCCCAAAAUUUAUAUUAUUGCUCUGAAGCCGCAAAUGAACACAAACGCUCAUUUCCAGAACUGCAUUCAAAUGUACACCAUGAGCAAGUAA